AUGGAGGACGCGAUUCUCGCCGAGGCAGCCACCGCGGCUUCGCUUCUCUGCACAAUUUUGUCGAUUGCAGUGACAUGGCGCUGGUGCCUCAGAAUGACCGCAGUGGGUGGAACGGAUGCUCCAGCCGAAGACAUUCACUUGGCCGCAGUGGACGGAGUGGAUGCUGUCCACUUAGCCGUGGAUCCGCCGCUGCCCAUUCACUUGGCCGCAGUGGACGGACCGGAUGCUCCAGCCGAAGUUCACUUAGUGGAUCCGCCGCUGCCACUGCCGGUGCCGGUGGAGCCAACAACUCAGCAGGUGGAGCCGAUCACGGCCCGGCCCGACUGGCUUCGGUGGUCCACGGGUCGACUCGUAGCCUGGGUCGCGGCUCACCGCGGCAUCGAUUCCGACUGGCGACACAUGCACGAUGCGGCCAAGGCGGGACGGGUCGAGGUCGUGUCGCAGCUGUGCCACGGGCUGCGCAUCUCGGUGCUGCUCAAGAACAAGCGCGGCCGCAACAUCUUGCAUGCCGCCAUUAGCCACAAGCGCAACGUCUUCGUUUGCUGGCUCGCGGGCGGCCAUGCAUCGCAGGCUUUCCCCAAGCCACCCGCCUACGAGUGCGUGAUGGCUCUCUUUACGGAGCCGGAUGCGGCCGGGCAGAAGCCGUUCCUCGCGGCGGCGACCAGACAGGACGCAACGAUCGUGCACGCAAUGACUCACGUCCUCGGUCAAGAGUUUCGCCGCCUGGGCCCGCCAUCAACCGACCGGGCCGAAUUCCUAGAGGUGAUGGCCUUCUUCGAGGCGGGCAGCUCGAUGCACAUCUCCCUCUUGGGCCAGCUGCGCGCCUACGACGUAUCCCUGGCCCACUCCGGAUGCUACACUGGCUACACUCCGGAUGCUAUCGUCUCUACCUUUGAGAGCUCGGCGUGGUGGCCGCCCAACCUUGAGUUGCAGCCGUGGCGCUCUGACGAGGCGCGGCACUUGUACUGCUAUCUCCAAAUGGCCGUGAGCCGGCGCCAGCCCAGCCUUGUGGCGUGGUUCCUUGACGUGCUGCGCGUAAGCCCGAGCCCGCCCUCGGGCAUGCUCUGGCAGGGCUGGCAUCUCGGCGAUUACGCCCUCGUCCGGCGCGUUGCAGACGAGGAUGAGCUGAAGCGAACCGAGCCGGAAAGAGACGCCAGGGCGGUGGAGUGGACGCCUAUCUAG